UCGAGUGAUUCCUAAAACCACGAUUCGACCACGUGCUUUAGUGUCGUUCAUGAAAUAUGGAGAACAAUACCUAUUAACGAUUGUUUUCGAAUAUAAAUUGCGAGGAAUAUUCGUAAAUAGUUUUUCCAUUAUUUUUAUCAUUAACUAGGUCACAGACGAUUGGAAACAAUAAUAUGAAUCAGUUUCGAAACUAUUGAAUUCAACUAGACUAAAUAACCGUAGUUUUAGAAAUAUUUGGAAAAUUCAUAGACUCGUAUCGUAUAAUUUUUAAAACGACAAAGGCCUGAAACUGAAAGCAAUAAAAUAGAAGUUGGAAAACAAUAUAAUUCCUCGCGAAAUUACUUUCGAAAGUAAAUAAGAAAGUACAGAGUUCAAGUCUGUGUUUAUGUGUUCCUAGACAUCGUUUGAAAUCGCAAAAUGGCAUUUGCUGCAGCUAGAAUGAUCCUUAAGGAUAAGAGAAGGAAGCCGUCUAAAGAAGAAUAUGUACCAAUUAGGAAUAGAAGCAAGGCGCGAAGUGGAAGCGCUAGUAGCUAUAGAAGUCUAAGUCAGGCCCGAAAUAAACCCGCCGACGGUAGUGGUCAUAUUGCACAAAAACAAGCUGGUCAAAGAACCCCGACGCACGGACCUAAAAACACCGGGCCUAAAACACCUUGCAAACCUGGUCAAAAACCAGUGGUGGCACAGAAAGGACAACCCAUCAAACAAGCACCUGCUAAAGUCGCAGCAGCUGCUGUUACAAAAACUACAAAGAAAACUAAAAAAGGGAAACAUCACCAACACGAUUUAAUAGUUACUAUUAAUUUGACAGAGUAUGGUCUAUCAGAAGACCAAGUGGCCGAAUUCAAAGAAGCCUUCAUGUUGUUCGACAAGGACGAAGAUGGGACAAUCACCGUGGCUGAGUUGGGAGUAGUAAUGAGAUCUUUAGGACAGCGACCGACUGAAACCGAAUUAAGAGAUAUGGUAAACGAAGUGGACCAAGAUGGUAACGGUACCAUAGAAUUUAACGAGUUUUUGCAGAUGAUGUCUAAGAAGAUGAAGGAUGCUGACGGAGAGGAAGAAUUAAAAGAAGCAUUCAGGGUGUUCGAUAAAAAUAAUGAUGGAUUGAUAUCAUCAAAUGAAUUGCGUCAUGUCAUGACAAGCCUAGGUGAAAGACUGUCUGAAGAAGAAGUCGAUGACAUGAUCAAAGAAGCUGAUCUUGACGGAGACGGUCAAGUUAAUUACGAAGAAUUCGUUACUAUCCUCACAUCAAAGAAAUAAAGAAAGACUGCAAGAAAAUGGUCCAAUUUUUUUUACAAGAUGAUAUUCCAUGAUGUCACUAUUGAUAAUGGAAGAAGUCUUCAAAUCUCUUCUUAUGUACUCAUAUUAUAGUAUAGCACAGCUUUAGAUCUUAUCAAUCUGCGUUUUAGAGAGGUAUAGCUAACCUUACAUUAAAGAACUGAUACUAUCUGUUGAAGAUUACAUGCAGUGUUAAUUUUAAGUAAUAAAUGAUUAAAAUUAAAAACGCCCACGCCAAAUGUCCACUUUUAAUAUUUCUCAAUAUACAUUGUCAAAGAUUUGUAGUUUAAAUAUACUCAAAUACAUAGAAACGCCCUCUAAGAAUAAUUUUAUUUCAUUAAUCGUAAGAGGGGAAUUUAAGAUUUCAAGCAUCAGCUUCUAUUCGAAGCUCCACGAUUUCUUCCAUAUUCCUUAACGAAUCUAGUGAUUGAUAUUUUUCUGAGGAAUCUCAUUCUAUGUCACUUCUGUCUCAUAUUCAUCUGAGCCAUCAGUGUUUUAGGAAGAUACUGUGAAUAUGGUUAUGAAUAUGUAUCACACAUGAGGCUGAAUAAAAAUUUUGAUGACCAAGGUUGAAAGUGAAUUUGAACUUGGUGUAGUAGCUCAAGGCUUUUCUGGUUAUAUUUUCUUAUUGAAAUGUUUGAUAUUGAAUUAUCCAUAUGCUAAAAAAAGUAGGAGGUGACGUUGAACUCGUCUGCAUUUCUCCCUCGAUCCAACAUCAUGCAUGUCUGAUGAUCAUCCUUUUCUGAUUUCACGCUAGUAUUUUUUUCUUCUAUGUUCGAUGAGUUAGAGGUAAUAACAAUUGAUGUAACGUGUUAUCAAUAGCUGGCAAACAUGAUGUGAAUGAUUCAGAUUGUUCAACAACCUGAUGACGCGGAAAUUCCAAAAUAUGUCCAUUUUGUCUCCAUAGUUCAAAUGCAGAUGGUUCACAUUUUGUGUCAAGUCAAGUUCCAAAUACAUGUUGACGUAGAAAAUUCAUAUAGUCUUGGACAUAUUGACUCCCGUAUCUCAUACAACAUCUAAUUGUUAUGUCUCCUCGCAAAAAUAUAGACAAAACCGAUGAAACUGUAAUAUAUGUUGUGACUAAUCUUCAGCUUGAUCCACAUACUUUAAAACUACUUCUUGCACAAGAAUUUGGUAAAGUAAUGAGCUCAAUACAAAAAUAUUACAUUUAACAAAGUUUUUAGUUCUUGUAGAUCUUGGAAAGCGGUUAGUUUUUUUGUUAAAUGUCAAUUAAAAAUUAAGUUGUAAAGAACAAUGGCUAACUAAGAACAAUACAUUUUUUUGUCAAAAAUCGAUUUUACUCAUCAAUGUAAUCUCCUUCAAGAGCCAUACAUCAUUCCUACGCUUCCCUAACUUCUCGAUGCCGUGCUUGUAGAAGAGUUUAUCUUUUGCCUCAAAAUAGGCUUCAGUUCUAGCAAUUGCUACUUCAUUUGAGCUAAAUUUUUUACCGGCGAGCAUUUUUUAGAGAUCAAAGAAUAGCCAGUAGUCACUGGAGGCUAGAUCUGGAUUAUACGGUGAAUUAGGAAGCAAUUCUAACUAUUAUUCGUUCAAUUUAUUUAACCAUCGACUCAUGAAUCGGUGCAUUGUCCUGGUGAAACAGUGGUUUUUCCUUCAACAUAUGAGGCCAACAACUCUAUGUAGUAUUCGCAAUUGAUUGUCUCUCCCUUUUGAAUAUAGUCAAUGAACAAUAUUCUAUGCGCAUCCCAAAAUACUGAAGCCAUAACCUUUCCACCUAACUGUUGUGCAUUUGGACGCUUCGGACGAGGUUCACUGGCUGCAGUUCACUGAGAUGAUGAUUCAGGAAGGAAGUGAUGGAUCCAUGUUUCAUCUAUUGUCAUAUAUCGAUGAAAAAAGUAAACAAGGUCAAACACUGCCAUGAAUCAUCAACACGUUGUUGUUUUUGAUCGACUGUGACGCGUCACCCACUUUGAAAAAAGCUUUCUCAUAGUCAAAUAUUCAUGCAUAAUUGUAAAUAUACUGCCUUCUGAUAUCUUUCGGCCUCAGAUAUGUCAGGCAAUUUCAAUUUACGAUUAGAUGUAACCAAUUUGUGGAUUUUUUUAUGGAGUUUAAAUCUCAAAUGGACGACCAGAAGGUUCACCAUCAUCAGUGUCAGUACGACCACGUUUAAAGUCAGUUUUUUUCGAUGGAGCAUAGUCCGGAUAACACUUUUAAAACUAUUGCUGAGCUUAUACAUUUUUUUAUUUUUUCAUCAAGGAACAAUGAUAAAUUAACACACGAAAUUGUUUUGAAUUCAUUGAUUUGAAAAUAACAAAAGUAGCUUCACGACUAAUCUGAGUGUCAAUCACACGACUUAUUGAGUGAUGUUAUAUUUUCUCCAAAAUUACUUGGACAUAUUCCCUUAAAUAACAGACAAACAAUGUGGUGUCAGCAAGAUACCACAACUCAAAUUUCUUUUGUGGUGUUUAUUGAAGGUAUAGUUUAUAUCACAUCCCCGACUGUUUUAAAAAAUUGGGAGAAUAAAACGAGACAGGGUUGUCAGACCGUAAUAUCCGAAAAUAUUGGAGAAACAAAUAUAAGAAUCCUUCUCACUGGUAUUGAACAUUUUAAACUUUUCAAUUGCCCACAUUAUUAUUAAUGUAAUGAUGACAGGUGUCGUUUCGUUGAAUCUAUUUUAGAAAAAAAUGUCAAAUCAUCUAAUCACGUAGCUAGAAAUUAUAGGGAAAACGGAAGACAUCCUACUAAUAUUAUAAAUGUGAAUGUAAGUUUUAACGCGAAAACUACUUAAUCUAUCAUUAAGGAAGGAAUUUUGUACACAAAUUCUUGGAUGUAUAAGAAAUAACGCCAUCUAGUAAUGAAGUUCCAACCCUGAGUACUGUAAUGUUGUUGCAGUAUAUUAUCGACUUCCACGUCAAUAUCCAAUCCAAUUGACUUUAGUUUCAGAUGUUUGGAAUUUUUCUAUAUUUAUUGCUAUUUUUUUUUCUAUCAUUAUAUAUUCAGUAUAAAACUUUUUGAAUUUUUGAGGUUAGGUGUCAUUUUUAUGGUAAGAUGCUAUUCAUUAUGAUUCCAAUUAUUCACAGUCUAUUCAAAAGAGUUCAAGUUCAAGUUUAGCUUUGCUGUUACUAUAAACAAAGCACAAAGGAAGUUAUUACAGGUAGCGGUAGUACAUUUAGAAUAACCAUGCUUCUCUCUUGGUCAAAUAUAUGUAAUCCAUUCGCUUGUGUUUAAUGCCCGGAAUUCACAUAAUCAAUGUGGGGCUACUUUGCACAAAAUGUUUGUUUUUUUUAAUAUCUAUGGUUCUGCAGGGAAUUAUAAAGCCCGCUUUAACUAUAUGAAAAUUUGAUACUUUGGCUACAUAGUUUUGUAAUUAGAUAGCAUAAAAAAAAUAAGAACCAAAUUUUUUAAAAGUUUGAAAAGUUGGCAAAGUUACCUCGACUUUUGGGUUACUUUGCCGAUUGGCAUUUUUGCACGUUUUUAAGCGUAUAGGCCAAAUUAACAGUCUCGAAGGGUUACUUCGCCGUCCUUUAAUUUGUUUCAAAAAAAUAUCGAUAUUAAAAAAACAAAAAUUGCUCUGUGAUUUUAGUCUUAAAAACAUUACAUUACAGCAGCCUUUCUUUGUCAAUAACUUGUGCAACAAAAUGCUUGUAUUGUUUUUUCCCUAAAAGUGCUACAAGUAGAAAAUCGGAAUUUUUAAUUCCAUUCUUGACUGUAUCUAAUUCUAAACUGUCCUUAGAUUCACUUUCCAUGGUCCAGUCAUAUUCUUCAGUUUCUUUAUCACGUUUCUUCUUUUUUGGAAUACUUGUCGUGAAAUCCUCGCAACUGAUUUUCCAGGUUCAAUUCUUAUCAUCUUCUUUCUCUUUGAGGUGCUUGCUUUUGAAGGAACUCUAAUUUUUUAAGGAAAUCCAACAAGGUCUUACUAAUAUCAGUAUUGGUUCUAUCAAAUCUUUUUUUAGGCAUUCUAUUAAGAACCUCCUCACUGUUACAUGGGUGUAUUCUCGUUGCUCUGAAUCCAUUUUGAAUGAUUUAUUCGUCUUCUAGUUUUAAUUCUUCAAUGAGCUUUUUCAUUAAAUGUGGAAAAGUGCUUUUGUCUCGUGGAUCUUUGAUUUAGUAGGUUGUUAUAUACGGCGCCAAACUACCUUCAAGAGUUUAAAGAAGCGCACAUCGAAAGAUUGUGUCGAGUGUGUUGAAUUUUAAGAUAUAAAGAUGAAUACAUUAUUGUUUCUAAAUCUAUUAUUGUUUCUUUGACACUUUCUGAUGAUUGAUAUGUUCAAAUGACCCGAUAGAUUAUUUCCGAUUAGAACUUUCGGUCCAUCAAUUUUUUUGAUCAAUGGUAAAACCAUUUUUGUAAACCAAUCCUCAAAUGCGUACUGGUCCCCCGAUACACCAGAAAACAAAUAAUCUCUCCGCCUUUUACAUAACAUAUUGGGCAAACAAGUUCCUAACAUGACGGAUAUUGAGGAUUUGUUAAAUUCAUAAUGCGUUCAGGGUAUUUAAUCCCUUUUCUGAAAAUACAUUUUGACGAUCCAGGAUCUAAUCUAUCAGAUUAGUUUCGUCGUAGUUAACGAUGGAACCAGGUGGAAUUCCUGCCACGUAUCUUUCUAAAUUAUCAAAGUAAUUGUUCAUUUCCUCAUCUGUUUACUCAGUCCUUGUGGUCUGUUGGAUAAUUCAUGCUUGUGUCUAUGAAUAAAAUUCUUGCACCAUUCUACACCGGGAUUGUCUUUGAACUUCUUUAGGCGGACACCUUCUUUGUCUAAAUGACUCUUCAACACUACUCGCAAUUCUGUCUUGGUUAGGGAGCAGCCAUAUUCGGAGCUGGCUAUUAUAAAGUCGAAAAUGGACCGUUAAUCUCCGGGGUCAUUAGCUGAGGUGCUCCAACAGUACCUUCAUGUUUUCUUUUAACUUUAUUUACUAGAGUUCUUCCAGGAAUAUUGCAGGAAUAUUACUUUUAAUCAAUAGAACGGAUCUACGCAACUGUUCUUCGGUAUAAUCUUUAUAACGCCGUGCACUCACUUGUCUUUUAUACGUUCGAACUAUUUUCUAAAAAAAAAAUAA